UGACAAUCCAACUCUAAAGCUACCACUAUAGCUGCUCCCCUGUGUCGUUCGGUUCCUCAGGAGUGCUUCAAUCCAUCCAUGGAGAUCGACAUGAUCCCAGAAGGGCCCCGCCACAUCCCCCCCUACAAGUCUCAGAACAAGUCCUCUCUAGGGGACCUGCUCCAAGGCUUCCUCAAGUACUACUCCUCCACGUUCAGGUGGGAUACCCAGGUGAUCUCGGUGCGAGAGGGCAAGGCUCUGCCCAAGAACAAGGGUGCAGAGUGGAGAAACAAGUACAUCUGUGUGGAGGAACCGUUUGAAAGGAACAACGUGGCCAGGGCAGUCCACGAGCAGAUGAAGUUCAACACCAUUAAAUCCAAGUUUGCCGCGUCGAGCCAGAUCUUGGCGCAGAGCAAGGACCUGAACGCCCUCCUCCCAGUCAGGGCCACCAUCAGCAAAGAGGCAUCCAGGAAAUAAAAGGCUUUUAUUAAAGAGAUAAAUAAAGCUAAAACAAAGCUACCUCUUCCUGCCGCUCAGACAUUCACACCUUCACUGGGAUCUUGCGGACCGUCCCUGCUUGGAGACAAGACGCUGCCUGCGGUUCAGUCCAUUGUGGGCAGCUAGUGGGGGUCAGUGGACGCAAGCUUGAAUCCAAGCCUCUUGGGAGAUGCUGGACAGUGAGACCAAUGUCUGAUCCCCGAUUUGGGGAUUUGAUCAUUUCCAUGUGACUGGAGCCUUAAAGUACAUUUGUUCUGGACCUUGCCAUGGAGCUGCCUCGGUGGGUUACCUGGUGUGUUCGUGCCCUUCUAACGUUUCCAGUGUUUGCCCUGUUUAUGACAACACCAGGCCUAAUUGUUUCAAUUGAUGGUUGUGUUGACAGUCAUCGUACUUUUAAUUUUUUCUGAGCAUUUGUUCUAAAGGUCAAUUGUUCUCUUUUCAACGUAUUUAGAAAGACUUUAAAUUGUGGUUUCUUGAGUGUUAAAUUAUUUGUUCCGACUUUUUUUUGGAGUUGCUUUCAUCUUGCAUUAUCCCCUUCAUAUCAGUUCAAAAGUUGUUCACAUUUCUUGGCUCAUAUUGAUUACAAAUGUAAAGAGAAUGUACUUUAUGAUUUGUUGUCCUUUGAUGCCCCCAACGUUGGACCGAUUGGAUGUUGUGAACUCCCAUACCGGCAGUUGAACCUGGGUUAUUUCUGAUUUACUUGGCUCCACCUGCACGUAUGUAUAUUAUGUUAUUAUUUUACAAGAAAGCACAAUUUUCAUUUACCUGGGAUCAAUAUCUUUACUGUUGUAGAGGAGAGCAAGAAUUAUAUAGAUGUGUGAUUCACAAUUUGGCCAAAUUAUUUUUAUAUUUCUCUCCGUUUUCUACAGUUUGAACCAGAAAUGGUCUUACAUUUAUAAUACAGGAAUCAAUUGUUUGUGGUGUAAAUGUUUUUUUCGGAGUUCAGUUGAAGCUCAAUCUUUUAAUUAUUUUCACUAUUACCCUCGAGAUGUGUGUGUUUGUGUGUGUGUAUAUAUGUGGGGAGAGAGAGCGAGAGAGACACUGAUAAGUUUAGGGUUAUUAGAUAUAAUACAAUAUAAUAAAGCAUUUUGUCAGUUUAUUAGGAAGCUAUAACCACUGAGCAGGUUUUCC